ACUUCCGGCCCGGUACGGCUCUGCCGGGCGCCUGUGAGGAGGCGGCGGGGCCCGCGGGGCAGCUCGGCUCGAACCGGGGAUCCCUUCCCCCGCUGGGCCCCACUGUGUCAAGCACCGGGGGUCUCCCCUCACUCCACCUCCCUCCCCCCCUCAAUUUUGGGAACGGGGCCCUGUGGCGGCACCGGCCUCCUCAGAGCCAGUAUCCCCCCGCUGCUCCCCGGUAUCGGCCUGGCUCUCCCCGGCAUCACCGUCGGGUUUUAACCCCCCACCGGCCUUCGGAGGCUUUGUCCGCCGGUUGUAGGCCGCCCCCGUGUCCCCCGUCCCCUGAAGUUACCCCCAACCCUCCCUCCGCGUCUGUCGGUGAAGGCCUCCCCGGGGCCCUGCCCGCUCGCCCGGAGGGAGGAUGGAGUUCGCGGAGCUGAUCAAGACCCCCCGAGCGGACAAUGUGGCCCUGCACCGCCCUUUCUACCCGGCCGUGGAGGGGACCCUGUGUCUGACCGGCCACCAUCUCAUCUUCUCGUCGCGGCGUCAGGAUAACGCCGAGGAGCUGUGGCUGCUGCACUCCAACAUCGACUCUAUUGAAAAGAGGUUUGUGGGCUCGUUGGGUACCAUCAUCAUAAAAUGCAAAGAUCUGCGAAUUAUUCAGCUGGAUAUACCUGGAAUGGAAGAGUGUUUGAACAUUGCGAGCUCGAUUGAGGCACUUUCCACCCUGGAUUCAGUCACUCUCAUGUAUCCCUUCUUCUACCGGCCCAUGUUUGAAAUCGUUGAGGACGGCUGGCGCUCUUUUAUGCCCGACCAAGAGUUUGAGCUCCUCAGUUCUGUGACAGAUGAAUGGCGUCUGAGCUGCAUCAAUAAGGAGUUCUCUGUCUGUCCCUCCUACCCUCCAGUUGUCAUUGUCCCCAAAUCCAUUGAUGAUGAAGCCCUUCGGAAAGUUGCCAUGUUUCGUCACGGCAGUCGCUUCCCAGUCCUCAGCUAUUAUCAUAAGAAGAAUGGGAUGGUGAUGAUGCGAAGUAGCCAGCCCCUGACAGGUACGAAUGGGAGACGGUGUAAAGAAGAUGAGAAGCUAAUUAACGCCACGCUUCGGCCUGGCAAGCGGGGCUACAUCAUUGAUACCAGGUCACUGAAUGUUGCCCAACAGGCCAGGGCCAAAGGAGGGGGUUUUGAACAAGAAGCCCACUAUCCCCAGUGGAGGAGGAUUCACAAAUGUAUCGAGAGGUUUAAUAUUCUGCAGGAAAGCCUCAUCAAACUCGUGGAAGCUUGUAAUGACCAGUCGCACAAUAUGGACCGCUGGCUCAGUAAACUGGAAGCUUCCAACUGGCUGACCCACAUCAAGGAGAUACUGACCGCCGCUUGUCUGGCUGCUCAGUGCAUCGAUAGGGAAGGUGCAUCAGUGUUAGUCCACGGGACCGAAGGAACCGAUUCCACGCUCCAGGUAACGUCUCUGGCGCAGAUUAUCUUGGAUCCAAGGUGCAGGACCAUCUGUGGCUUUGAAUCUCUUGUUGUGAGGGAGUGGCUGCAGGCUGGUCACCCUUUCCAGCAGCGCUGCGCCCAGUCGGCCUAUUCGAACAGCAAGCAGAAAUGGGAGGCCCCCGUGUUUCUCCUCUUCUUGGACUGUGUGUGGCAAAUCCUUCGUCAGUUCCCUUGCUCUUUUGAAUUCAACGAACAGUUCCUCAUUAUGCUCUUUGAACAUGCUUACGCUUCGCAGUUUGGGACUUUCCUUGGAAACAACGAAAGCGAGAGGUCUAAACUGAAGCUGCCGCAAAAGACGAUGUCCCUGUGGUCCUGGGUGAACAGGUCUGAAGAGCUUUGCAAGUUCCAGAAUCCUCUUUUUGAGGCCAACAGCCUGGUCAUCUGGCCCUCGGUGGCCCCACAGAGCCUGCAGCUCUGGGAAGGCGUCUUUCUUCGGUGGAACAGACCAUCCAAGUUCCUAGACGAAGCCCAGGAAGAAAUGAUCAGCAUUAUAAAAUACAACAAGGAACUCCAGGCCAAGGUUAAUGCCUUGAGGAGGCAGCUGGCGGAGAUGGAAACAGAUGACAGGAUGCAGGAGAACCUGUGAGCUGGCAGGGCUUUGCCUCAGGUUCUUGCCUUUCCAGUCCCAUUUUUUUUUGCGUUAAAAAGACCGAACGUGGAAAAUGCAUGUGUUGCCAGAGCCCUUUGGGUCCUGCAGACCCUCGGUCCUCCCGCUGCUGAAACCUUCACUCCACACUAGGUACCUCCCUGCAUUUUUUGGGGAGGGCUUUCUGUUUUUGUUUACAGAAGACACACACACACGACCGGGCAUGGCGUCCUCUCUUGGCAGCUUCUCUUGUCUCCAAAUCGUGUUAUGGUGUGAGCAGAAGCUGGAAUCUCUUACCUCCACCCAACCCCAUGGAUGACCAGGAACGGACCAAGAGAUGGGAUGGUUCAAAUUUAUUUUGGACUCUUUUUCUGGUUUUCGUUGCACUCUCUUAAACACUCAACAGGAUUAAAAGAUGGAAUUAUGUCCAGUUAGGUAAAGGCAUUUUGUCUGAAAGCACUUUUCCUCUCCAAGAGUUAAGUUAAGGCAGCUUAGUUCUUUUAGUUUCCUAGAAAAAAAAACCUAGAAAAUGGUAUAAUGUAACUACAGGUUCUACCAGUCUAUAUGAUACUCUAAGUAGCUUUCACACCUAACACUUGAUUUUUUUUAUUAUUUUUUUUUGUGUUAAGCACUGGCUUGGGAGCAGCGAGUUGAACACCAAACCCGGAGCAAGACAUUUCAGUGCAAUAGAGAACAGAGGUAGGGAUUCUGCUGCUAAUGUUUAAAGCCAUGGCCUUUGGGUGGAAUCGUCCCUCCUGGACAAAUAUCUCCUAAGGAAUAGCAAACUUCUUGAUUCUACCUGGAAAACAAAAAGGUUUAGUAGUUGGCAGAGGUGUUCGCUUGCGAAACAGCGGCUCAGAGCUGUGUUUUUAACUACAGCUGAGCUGCUCUCUUGAAAUUUGGGGCUGCACUGGCUGGUUUUGUGCACUUUAAGUGCACGAGCCCAAAAAAAACACUUUUGCCCCACCUGGGGUGCUUUUUCCUCUCGUGCUCUUACUCCGUGCUUUGUGAAACAUCAGAAGGAGCUGAAAGUUCAGGUGAUCUAACAUAUCAGGUGGCUGCUGCAGACUGAGAGGCCAUCACACCACAGAAAUGCUAAUUGUAUAGGUCAUUUGUAGCUGCUAAAACUGCUUAAGACUUUAGGGAUAAGCUUUUUUUUCUUUUGUAUUUUGUAGCUGAUCUUUGUGUUUCCGUGACUGCGAUCUGCUUUUAUAAAAUCAGAGUUUUUUGCUAGAGCCUUUUUUCCCCCCCUCCCCCCUAAAAAGACAGAUAAGAGAGGGUCUGAAAUAUUACCUCACCUAGACAUUUCUUCAGCUGGAUUCCGUCGGUAGCUGCGAGUGACUGAGAAGACUUGAAUUAACCAACAGCUCACGUGGCUGGGAUUUAUCUUCCCAGGUGCUCGCUUUUUAGCCUGUUCCUACCAAAAUGACCGGAGCUGCUUUUGGGUCAGUGUUGAUCCCUUUGGAAACUGUUGAGCUUCCGUCACGCUUUACGCUGGUUUUGGAAUGAAGCUGCCUUUUAUUUAAAAGCCACUUGACGUCAAGAUAGAUAGAUGUGAAAAUGUAGGGUCUUUUAGUUGGCAUAAAAUUACCUGGAGAGUAAUCUGUAAAAAUCAUGUAAUCGCUAAAUACUCUAAGAAAAGUUCUAUAAUCAAGGAAACUAUAUCAAAUUAUGUGCUAGUGACUAAGUGCUACCUUAAUGCCUUUUGCUUCGGUCCUUAUUUCCUUAAUUAUUAUUUUCUUCUCGACUAACCAAAACUUAGUCCUGAAGUCAUCUGGCUUAAAAAUAGAAUAAAAAGAUCCCUUUUCAACCAUUGUUCACGUAAGGCAGAGGAAUAAAUUCCCCCCUACUUGUAAUAAUAAUUUCUUAUAAGGUUUGGAGAGCGAUGGUCUUGUCAGAUAGGAUUUAGGGAACGCUGCUCAGGGUGGCUGGUGAGCUCUGCUGUGUAACAGGAGGGGUGGCACAAAUUGUCCAUCCUUUCUUCCCACUUCCAAAUGCUGGCUUCUGGAGCUGCCUUCUGGCCAUAUGGCAAGUAAAAGCCCUUAAAAUUACUUCUCCCCUUUUUAAAAAUUACCCCCGUGGGAUCUGCACCUGCCUGGAUGUUGUUUCCCUCCCCGAUUCACAAUUUCUGCUGUUCCUCCACAUCUGAAAUACGUUCUCCCCGGCCAGAUGGGAAGGAUUCAGAGGGUGCUAUCUUCCCUGUAAUAGACUAUACAUAAAACACCCUUAAAGGUUAUGUAAUUUCCUAAGGUAGUAAUUAUAUAUUGAGCUAAAUAAUAGAGAAGCAAAGAGGGGUGGUUGGUUUGGUUUGGUUUUUUUUUGAUCUAAUUGCCUGGCUGCUCUAGUCUCUGGUGCAAACUGCCUGCUUUGGAGGAAAUUGGGCAACCAGCUGUGACAGCAAACAAAAGGCAGAUCAUUCAGUGUUAGUGCUUCAUCCUCGCUGUGCUCUUGCCUUGGUGGCAGCGUGGGUCACAGCCUUGGUGGGAUGAUGGCGAGGUCCUUCUGAGCAGUUCCUUCCCCCUGUUCCUCUGCCCUGCCUCACCCCGUGCUCACCCCAGACAGUUGGAACCUCAGGUUGAACCUGUAAAUCCACCUUCAUGAGAUGUCACCAGGAGCAGUCCUUCAAGGUCUUGCAUGUGGUGGGGUUGAGAUGAUAUUGUGUAGACCUUGAAGGUUCCUCCUGCGAGAAGAUAGUUCUUAUGGCAGGCUAGUUGCAAAUUCUCUCUUAACCUUCUCAUUCCCAGUGCUUCCCAGCCUCCAGUCUGGUGGUCACUGGUCUAACACGCAGCGGGGCGCUCCGGUUCUUUCCUUACCUGCAUGUCCACUGUAUUUAUUCACAUAUUUCAUGCUGAUGAUGGGCUUGCUCCCUCUGAGAGGGGGAUUAUCUGCUGGAUUCUGCCCCGUGAAGCUGCUGAGACCCUGUUUGUAGGUGUCCUGUGUUGUCCCAAGCUGUAACCACCACAGCAGCACCCAGCUCUGGCCCUUCAUCCCAACGCUGCCUUACCCUCUCUUACCCACUUCUGCUCUUUUUUGCACAUCAAUAUUUGUGUUAAUAAUAAAUAAGCUGGACACUGAGGGGACCCUCCCUUUCCCAAACUCUGGGAUCAAUCAAUGUGGACACUCUGCCGUUUACCAAAAAAAAACCAUAAAUGAAAGGGAAAAAGGAACUAACUUGCACAGUUUUCAUAAGGGAAAUGUGUACCUUCCAUAUUUUUGAUUGUAUUGAUUUAACGUUGAUGAAUGUGGCGACUGGUUUAAGUGCACUAUUGUCCAUGUUGCAUAUGAUAUAACUUUAAUUGCACUGUAUCCAGCCUAACGUGUGCUUUGCUAAAGCCUGGGGAAGUGCUGUCGUGUACAGGUUCCUGGAGAAAGGGACAAUGACUGUACUCCCUUUUUUGUGUUUUUUUUCCUGUAACUGUGACACUGAACAGCACCGCGUGACGUGCGCUACCUACCCCUUAAAUAGUACAAAUUCCCCGUGGUGAGUGCACUUCUGUCCUAAAACAUCCGGAAUUGCUAAUUGGAUUUGGCUGCUGCAUCAGUCUUGAUUAUUAUUUUAUUAUUUUUUUUUUUUUAAAUAAACAAAAACAUGAAAUAAGCAGCA